GUGUUUUAUCAGUUCUUUCUUCCUCGUGUGACCCUUGUCUAUUCCCCGUGAUGUUCGCACUAGGUCGAGAAUUUAUGGCUGUCUUACCCUUCGAACGAACACCGCGUUUCUCGUAUUUCGUUGUACGGACACCGCUUGAGAACGCAUGAUUUACCUGUCCGUGUACCAAAACUGAAUCAAGGAAAGCAACAUACGAAAAUUGUUGGCUGGAAGAGUGGCUUCCAGUUCUGCUCACACAACUCCGGAUCGUGGAGCAGUUCUAUACAUACAGCCGGUGGGUCAUGGUACAGCCCGGAUGCAAGCCGCGCCGUUGAGCUAUCCGUGAUUCUCAGUAGUAGAGUAGAAGAAUCACCCUUUUCAAUGCAGCUGACGUACUCCUGCUCCCAUUUUAACCAACGCGUCGCAUUCGGUCUGCUCUCUGUUUAACGCUCAUUUCGCAAACACGGAAGCCACGAUGCAAAAUCCCUGCUGAGAUACUGUCUGCCGGUCCUGAGGUCAUUUGCCUGUCAUGGAGGGUGCCAAGUCAUCGUCAGCUACAAACUCCCGGCAGGGAGUUUUCCCCAAGUCCCAGCCGGGAGACAAAUCUACUUCAAAUUCCACUGCACCUUCGUCAUCCCGAGAGCAGCAGCGGAACAAAAACGAGCAAGCAAACCGAGUGAAGGGAGGAGGACUAGCGAGUUCAGGCCCCGCUGCCAACGGAGGAGGUGGAACCCCGCGGUGGGGGUCUGGCACUUCCGCGUCGAAAUCCUGCACGAGAGAAAGCAGCGAUGCUGCAGCUGACCCGGGCUCCAGACAGAGUCCGAGGCCCUCGGACAAAAAUACCAAAGUAUUCGAGGAUAAACGAGGCAGAACCCUCUCUGUUAAUUCAAAUCAACCGGGAAUGAAGGGAACAGAUCGUCUGUCUGCUCACAGCGAGGAAGACUUACUCAAGGGUCUGACGCUCCAGGCCAUCUGGAGUGAAAAUGUGGAGCUCACGUCUUUGAUGAAUGCAGCGCUGAAGAUUGCGAGACUGAGUCCCACUGCUAGUGACCUGGACUGGAAUGAAUCCUACCACACCUUUCUUCAACUGUUCUCGAUGUCAAAGGCCCGCCUCGCGAGACAGAAAAGCAUUCUGCAGGCUCGGCAGCGAGAUCUUGAGGACAUUCUCGCCGACGAGCGGUCUAUUCGACAGUCCGUUGAAGAUUGUGAACGCGCAAUUGUCGAGGCCCAGAAAUGCCUGGCGAAGGCGAAGCGUCACCGGCGGAACCGGGAGCAGUACGAGGCACUCGCUCUUGAGGUUUCGAAAAAAGCAUCGGUGGCAGAUUUGAAAGUCGCCCAGGCAGAAGAAAUGGAACGGAAAGCAAAGGCAGAAAAGAAGGCGAAAUUUGUGGAGGAACAAGUUGCCACGCGACAGCGUCAAACCCAGGUCGUCCUAAAAGCAGCUUCCGAUUUGUUACAAGCUUCACAGAACUCGUCAGCGUCUGCAAAAGCCAAAAGCUGA